GCCAUAGAGAAGCAUCUUAUCAGAAAGUCGAAUGGGGGCCUAACUUUUAUUGGGGAAUGGAAAAAUGGGCACCUUGAGAGAAAGAUGGGGCAUCUCACAUGCUUUGCUGGGGGCAUGUUUGCCCUUGGAGCUGAUGGUUCCCGAGAUGAGAAGGCUGGACAUUACCUACAACUUGGAGCAGAAAUUGCACAUACAUGUCAUGAAUCCUAUGACAGGACAACUUUAAAACUGGGGCCUGAAGCUUUCAAAUUUGAUGGAGGUUUAGAGGCAGUAGCAGUGCGGCAAAAUGAAAAAUACUACAUAUUAAGACCGGAGGUGAUUGAGACGUACUGGUAUAUGUGGCGAUUCACACAUGAUCCUAAGUACAGGCAGUGGGGCUGGGAGGCAGCACAGGCCAUUGAUAAGUACUGCCGAGUGAGUGGUGGAUUUUCCGGGGUCAAGGAUGUCUACUCCUCAGCUCCUACAUAUGAUGAUGUACAGCAAAGCUUCUUUCUUGCUGAAACUCUAAAGUAUUUAUAUCUGCUCUUCUCCAAUGAUGAUCUCUUACCUUUGGAUCACUGGGUUUUUAACACAGAAGCUCACCCCCUGCCAGUUUUACAUCUAGCCAAUACAACACUUUCAGGAAAUAAUGCAUAUCGAUAAAAACUAUUCCAGGAAAAAGGACAGAACAAUCUACAUUAGCUGUGUCUUGUUUACAUGGACCACUUGAGAUUUCAGGCUUGAGAAAAGACUUAGUGUGUUUAAAUAAGACCUUCAGAAUGAUGAGAGAAGUACUGCACUCUUCCGCAUGUAGAUAAUUCAAAAAUUCCAUUUUAUAUGACCAAAACAAUUUGUGCAGUAUAUGGCAGAAAAAGACCUUGUAUAUUUGCAACAGAAAAAGUGGCGCAUGAUUUUGAAGGAUUGAAAGGCUGAAUUAAUAUCCCAGCCACAGGAACAGCUGCAACUAUUGAGAUUGACCGUUGUAGUAAACAUUGUCCUACCCAAAUAAUGCGGAUUCCUGGUAGUUUGUCAUUUGCUUCCCCCCCUUCCCUCAACUUGGUGGCAUGAGCAAAGCAAUGCAAGGCAACAAAAGUUCACUAAUAGCACCCAGAUUUCAAGUUCUUUGACUGCUAUUUUGAAAUUUCUAAACAUCUUCAGUCUGUUCAGACUGGCAACCAUUCCCAGUGCCUCUGAGACCCUUGCCUCUUUUUAUUAUCAACAAUGCUGUGGAUCGACCAUUUGUUGCUGUUCAUGAGUAAAUGGAUUAGGAAAAGGCAACUUCUUUCAAUCUGUCACUUUAGGAUAUGGAAAUCUUCAUUCAGUGCAGAGUUGUUUUUUGCAUACAUCAUGACAAAAUUGCCCAGUGAUGUUUAUCAUUUGGCCAAGAUUUCUUUCAACUAAGUUGCAAUAACUAACAUUUGUCUAUGAAUCCUGGAGUUUCCCAAGGAUCUCACUCUUUUUAUUUGUACAGUAUUCAAAAAGUGUAGAAUAAUCCUGUAAAGAGACAUUCUUUACCAAUUUUAAUUCCUGUGAUUAAGACUCACCUGGGUAUAAUGGUGCUUCUUUAGGGAUUUUUUUGUAAAAGCUGGAGUUUGCAGAGGAGUUUUUCAGCCUUCACACCUAUCUGUCUUUGAAAAUCUGAAAUCUGGUUGUUUGACCUUCAAGUAUCUAGAAACAAUAUCACGCAAGGCAACACAGAACACAUCAAAAUGAAUUUGAAAGUAAAAUUUAUUUUGCAAUACAUUUUUGUCACUACUAUGGUAGAUAUCACAGACAACACUUUGGGAUAAAAAUAGCUUUUUCAAAACUUAAAAAUGGAUCUUUCAAAGAGCUCCCCACUUCUGUUAAAGAAAAAGACUUGAGCAUAAUUUUUUUCUGGCAGGAUAUAUAAAAUAUGUGAAUAUUAUUUAUGUAUAUUGGAAUCAAAAUUCCUGAUGAAUACAGAUAACACAUCUUUA